AAAGGUGAAGGUGGAGGAGAGGAGGGGGGGGGAGGACGCCUACCACCACAUCGACCCGGAGAGGCGGAGGGAGAGUCGCCAUGGCCUUCUCCUUCUUCAAGCCGUCCAAGGCCAGGUCGUCCCCUUCCGACCUCGUGAAGGCCAUCCGGGAGAGCCUACUUGCCCUUGAUACCAAGACCGUCGCAAAGGCUCGUGAAGAAGCUGAAAAGAAUAUUCUUUCAAUGAGACAAAUGCUGACUGGAGAUGGAGAAGCUGAACCAAAUCAGGAGCAGAUUUCGCAGAUUGCUCUUGAAAUUUGCAAGGAGGGUGUUCUUUCCCUUUUUGUUCAUAAAUUGCCAUCAUUGGGGUGGGAUGCUAGAAAAGAUAUAGUGCACUGUUGGUGCAUUUUGUUAAGGCAGCAAGUUGGUUCUGGUUAUUGCUGCGUGGAGUAUAUUGAGAAUCAUUUGGAACUUUUGGACUUCCUUGUUGUUUGUUAUAACAACAAAGAAAUUGCAUUGAAUUGCGGUAACAUGUUGAGGGAAUGCAUCAAAUAUCCAACGCUUGCGAAAUAUCUAUUGGAAUCAACUAGCUUCGAACUGUUCUUCAAGUAUGUCGAACUGCCAAACUUUGAUAUUGCUUCUGAUGCUCUUGCCACCUUCAAGGACUUGCUUACAAAACAUGAAACUGCAGUUUCCCAGUUUUUGAGUUCCCACUAUGAACAGAGAAUGUUAUUCCAGUUCUUUGAGCUCUAUGAAAAGUUGUUGACAUCUACAAACUAUGUGACAAGAAGACAAUCCUUGAAGUUUCUUUCGGAAUUUCUUUUGGAGACUCCAAAUUCACAGAUAAUGAAGCGCUACAUUAUAGAAGUUCGAUACUUGAAAAUUAUGAUGGCACUUUUGAAGGAUUCAAGCAAAAAUAUCCAGAUUUGUGCAUUCCAUAUUUUUAAGGUAUUUGUUGCUAAUCCAAAUAAGCCACGUGAGAUCAUUGAAGUCUUGGCAAACAAUCAUGCAGAAUUGCUGAUGCUACUUCACUGUCUUCCUACAAGCAGAAGUGAAGAUGAGCAACUUGAAGAGGAGAGAGAUUUAGUAAUCAAGGAGAUUGAAAGUCUUUCACAUCCGUCGCAAGCAGCCAUUUAGUAAAAUGUUUUUUGUGUUUAGAUGUUUUCCUUGUUUGUUUCUCAAAUGUUCAUGAUUGUCAUUAUGAUACUUUUUCGUGAAAACAUUUAUGUUAAAUUAAGCUUCCUCUAAGAAAAAUGGUCUGCUGAUAGGGGAUUUGUAAUCCGAGUGUGAUAACCAUCAGUUUCUCGGUGGGAUUAACAGUGGGUCGUCUUUGGAAAAAAAAAAAGGAAAAAGAGAAUAUAAAUAUUUAUGAUUGAGGCCUCAGUAGUGCUAUAGUGGCAUGCAACAUUAGAUGCUACGUUAUAAAAUGCAAGUUUGCUGCUUCAUCUUAUUGGCAGCGUUGAGCCAAAUGUAAUUCAAGAACCAGAACCCUAUGGAUCAUGUUGUAUUGGCAGAUAUCAUCAGAAA